AUGUCGCGUACCGUCGAAGAUCGCCCUGUUCGUGUGGCCAAUUGCUCUGGCUACCAUGGGGACCCAGCGUAUGAGAUGUAUCGCCAGGCAACCCUUGGUGAUGUCGAUUUCAUAACCGGUGAUUAUCUCGCAGAAGUAAACCUCGCGAACAAUGCCACCGCGUGGAGAAAUGGUCAACAUCCCGGUUAUGAAAUCACGGCCUGGGAAGGCCUACAGCAGACCAUUGAUGUCAUCGCCCGGAAGCGUAUUCGUGUGGUCAUAAACGGGGGUGCCCUUGAUCCAAAGGCUCUCGCAUUAAGAGUUCAAGAUUUGGUCAAGCAGAAACAUCUCAGCUUGAGCGUCGCUUAUCUUUCGGGAGACGACUUGUAUCAUCGCUUCGGACCGAACAUGCCAACGACUAAAGAAGAGUUACAGCAUCUCGACUUCGAAAAUGCUUCCUUCGUUCCGUCGGAAUUGACAUAUGCUUUCGUCAACGGUGAUGAAAAGGUCCCAAUGGUAUCCGCUCAUGCCUAUCUUGGUGCUCGUGGAAUCCUGGCUGGUCUCAGGCGUGGAGCUGACAUUAUCAUCUGUGGAAGGGUUGCCGAUGCCAGCCCCGUCAUGGCUGCGGCGUGGUUCUGGCAUAAUUGGUCCGAGACUGAUUAUGACCAACUUGCAGGAUCUCUUAUUGCAGGCCAUCUCAUCGAAUGCUCUGCUUAUGUCACUGGGGCAAACUUUGCUGGAUUUGACAAGUUUGAUCUUGAUAACUUGGUAGCACCUGGGUUUCCUAUUGCUGAAAUCUCGAAGGAUGGCUCAUGCGUUAUUACAAAGCAUCCCGGUACUGAGGGUGUUGUCAAUGUCGAUACUGUCCGGUGUCAGUUUGUCUAUGAACUGCAGGGAGACAUUUAUCUCAACAGCGACGUUAGUGCCUAUCUUGGGGAUGUCGCGAUUGAGAAAGUGGGCUCUGAGAGGGUUCGAGUUCAUGGUAUCCGAGGAUCACCUCCUCCUCCAACAACCAAACUCGCCGUCUUUUACCAGGGGGGAUUUGAGGCCGAGUUGCUUCUGAACGCCACUGGUUAUGCCACUAAUAAAAAGUGGGAUCUCCUUGAAAGACAGGUCAACUACUUUCUUCCUCAGGCGGUUAUCAAUCAGAUUGAAACUUUAGAGUUCCAAAGGGUUGGAACGCCUGCCAUUAACCCUACCUGUCAACUGGAAAGCACGACGUAUAUGCGAAUUUUCAUCGCUGCCAAAUCGCAAAAGACAGUUGCGGCUGUUACAAGCGUCUUCAAGGAUAUCUCACUGAAGCAUUUCUCCGGCUUUCACGCAUCUCUCGACACUCGCAGUGCCGUUCCGAGACCAUUCCUCGCAUAUUACCCGGCACUCGUCAGGCAGGUUGACAUCAAGGAGACUAUCAACUUUGUCAAGAACGCUGCGGUUGUUUCAUCUCACGACACGGGACAUCCUCCCACAUACAAAGAUCUCGAGGCCCGAAAUAGCUAUGACCCCAAGGUGCAGACAGUGUUUCCGGGAUGUACCAAGAGUCUUCGUCUUGGCGACAUCGUUCUGGCUCGUUCAGGAGAUAAAGGCUCGAACCUCAAUUUUGGUCUCUUCGUUAUAAACCCAGCUCAUUGGAAAUGGCUUCAGUCGUACAUGACCGUAGCACGUGUCAAGGAGCUUCUUGGAAAAGACUGGCGCGAUAGCUUCUUCAUCGAGCGUGUGGAAUUUUCACAGAUCCAUGCAUGUCACUUUGUCGUCUAUGGUAUUCUUGGCCGUGGGGUCAGUAGCACAAGCCGCCUAGACGGCUUUGGCAAGGGAUUCGCAGAUUAUAUCCGGGAUAAGGUAGUUGAGUUUCCAAUGGGUUUGUUAUGA